UCCUGCAACUACUGCAUUGUUGACAGCUGCUAACUGACGGCAGGCUGAAGUGCCCUAUAUCUCAUUUGUUUACGCCGGCUCCUAAUAGUGAAUAUUGAAUAGGAAAAACAAUUAGUCAAGGAGUUAAAAUAAUCUUCCAAAAGGAAUUACAUGAGAACAGCAUAGUAAAAUAUGAAAUUUCUGUGUUGAUGUGUUCGACUGCAGUUUCAGUUUGUGCAAUGUGAUGCCAGAAAAAUUCUUGAUGUCCAUUUAAGAAUAUAUCUGAUAAAUUGAAACUCUAGCCAUGAUUUUUUCAACUCUCACUUUCAUAUUAUGUAUAACCACAUCACUUGGAAAAUUGCCAAGUCAAAAAGAGAGAAAGCUCAUUUUGGAAGAACCAGUCUGCUCUCAAUUGGUGAAAUAUUGUGAUAGUAAUAAUAUUGACCAAGGUCCCUUUAGUGAUAUAGGGACUCUAGAAUGUGUACAAAAUUUGAGCCCAGUUCAGUUAGCAAAUUUAACUCUAGAGUGCCAGCAUUUAAUAUGGGAUCGAGAAAGAGAACUUAUUUCAAAUGAUAAUGUAUUCAAAUUAUUAGAACCUCAUUGUAGAAAUGAUUUUUCUCAGUUGAAUUGUAAGUUGAAAGAAGAUAGUUUUUAUUUAAAAUGUGUUGUGGAUAACAAAGAAAAUAUUCAUGAAGAUGACUGUUUCAAAGCUGUUGGCCACUUAGAAAAUAUAGUAUUUCAAGAUUUUCGUCUAAUUCCUUCUUUUAUAAACGAGUGUACAGAAGAUAUUCAAAAACUUAGAUGUGGUCGAAUAGAUACUUACAGUUUAUCCCAAGCACAAACAGUUGUAUGUCUUCAGAUGAAUAUUCAAAAUAUCAGUAAUUCCUGUAAAAAAGAAGUGCUCAACCUUGCUGAAAUACAAGCAACUAAUAUUAAAAUGGAUCAUGAAUUAUAUAUAGCUUGCAAAGAGGAUCAUUUGAGGUAUUGCUCUCAAUUCAUAGCUGGAGGUGGGAGAGUUUUUCAAUGUUUAAUGCAAGUAGAUCAGGCUAAAUUAUCAUCUUUGUGUAUUGCAAACUUAUUUAGAAGACAAAAAUUAAUUUCCCAAGAUUACAAAAUAAGCAAAGGCUUGAUGAGGGCUUGUAGAGAAGAUAUAAGGAGGACCCAUUGUCGUAAACAAACGUCAAAUGACAAAACAAUUCGUUUAGCUCAAAUACUUUUGUGCUUAGAGGGUGUUCACAAAAAUGGAAGUAAGUUAGAUCACGAUUGUGAAAAAGAAAUGUUGGAGCAUCGAAAAAUGCUGAUGGCAGAUUAUAGGCUCUCUCCUGAAAUUGUAACUGACUGUAAGUUGGAAAUAAAAACAUUAUGUUUUGGAGUGGAAAUUGGAGGAAAAACUAUUCAUUGUCUAAUGGAAAAUGCUAGAAUAUCUAAGCACACCAAGAGGAAAAUUUCAAAUACCUGUGUUAGAGCUUUGGAGCAAUUGGUUAGAGAAACAGAUGCAGGUGAAGAUUGGAGAGUUGAUCCUGUUUUAUACCAAGCUUGUUUUCCAGUAGUACAAACUCUUUGUAGAGAUAUUAAAGGCGGCGAUGCCAGGGUUAUGUCAUGUCUUAUGGACAAUAUCGGUGAUGAACAUAUGUUAGAUACUUGCGAAGAUGCUUUGAUGCAAAUUCAGUAUUUUGUCUCAAGAGAUUUUAAGCUAGAUCCUCAACUCUAUAGGGCAUGUAAAGAUCAUGCCAUCAACAUUUGUCAUGCUAGUCGAUCAUGGGCUAAUGAGAUUAAUCCUUCACUUGACAGCCAAGUCCUACCAUGUCUCUACAGAUAUGCUUAUCUUGAAGAUAACCAACAUCUCCAAUUGAGUAGAAAUUGUCUGCAAGAAGUUAAAAGAGUUAUGAGACAAAGGGCACAGAGUGUAGAUUUAUACCCAGAAAUAGAAGAACCCUGCUUGGAAGAUUUAUCAGAAUUUUGCUAUGAUAAAACUAAAAAAGGAGAGGAAAUGAUGUGUUUGCAGAAAAAUUUGGAUAAUCUUUCUGAAAGAUGCCAAAAAGCAGUCGAAAUGUUCACCGAAAUUGAAGGCAGGAAUGUAGAAUUGAACCAUUAUAUUAUGAGUCAUUGUAGACACCAAUUGAAACAGUUAUGUGAUUUCAAAAGAGAUGAAGGUGAAAAAAUGGACUGUCUUAUAGCCCAUAAAAAUGAUCCUGUAAUCAAAGAAAAACCUGCCUGUAGAGCUAGUAUAGAACAUUUCCAAAUAAUUUCUUUGAAAAACUAUAAAUAUUCUUACAAGUUCAAGGCUGCUUGCAAAAAGCAUGCCAUGAGAUUUUGUCCAAAUCCAAAAUCUUUUGUUGAUGUGAUACGGUGUUUGAGCGAAAAAAUCACAAAUGAUACCAUAAAAGGAGAAAGGAGUGUAAUACCUAAAGAAUGUAGACAACAAGUAAAAGCCCAAUUAUUUCAGCAGAGGGAAAAUAUUGAUUUCACUCCAAAGUUGAAGGCUGCUUGUGAACAAGAUAUUCAAACUUUCUGCCCCAAAAUUGAACAUGGAAAUGCGCAGGUAUUAGAAUGUCUACAGUCAGUCUUCAAAAGACUAUCAGAAAAAUGUGAGAAGGAAGUGUUUAAAAUUAAGAAACAAGAAAUUUCAGAUAAUUCUGUCGAUUAUGCAUUGAUGACUAUGUGUGCCGAUACCAUAAAUAUCUUCUGUCCACAUCAUGACAAGGACAAUGUUCUUGAAUGUUUGAAAAAAAAUAAAGACGAACCAGGCUUUAAUAAGAAGUGCCGUAUCAUCGUUCUACACAGAAUGGUUGAGCAAGAUACUAAUUAUAACCUGAAUCCAUCUCUCCAAGAACAUUGUAAAACAGAUAUGAAUAAGUUAUGUAAGAAAGUUGUGAAACAUGAUGCAGGCUUUUAUAAUAACACAAUGGAUUGUCUCAAGAAAGCAUUCAAGGAAUUCAAACUCUCGGAAAAAUGCGAAAAGGAGAUGGCUCAUAUUCUGAGAGAACAAGCUCUAGAUAUCAACCUCAAUCCACUUCUGAGAGCAGUCUGCAAAACAGAAUUGGAUACAGUGUGCAUAUUGGGUGAACACGAUAAUAUCGAAGAAUGCUUGAAGAAAGCACUUAUAGCUAAAAAAAUACCAACACCAAUGUGUCAGAAUGAAGUUGCGAAUAUGAUAGAAGAAUCUCAAGCUGAUAUCCAAGUGGAUCCGCCGUUGCAACAGGCGUGUUCAGUAGAUUUGAUCAAAUUUUGUGGUGAAAUUCCUCAAGGGAACGGCCGGCAUAUAAGAUGUUUGAAGACAUUGAAAGAGAACUCUCCGAAGAAAUUAUCUACAGAUUGCCGGGAUAUGUUGUCCAAAAGAUUGGAAAUGUAUGAAAAUGCAGCUCAGGUUGCUCCACCUGAAAAUCUUCAUCAACUUUACUACCAAGUUGUGACUUCCCCUUCGAAGCAUUAUUUUUAUUUAGUCAUUUUUAUGAUGAUUGGAUCCAUUUUCGUAGUGGGCAUGUUUUGUGGAAGGGUAUCACGAAGACACAUGCUGAUAAAGAAUAAAUAAUAAACCAACGAGUUUCAACUACUGUUGGAAAACCAAAGUGUUGAUAUAGUAAGGGAUAAGUGAAAAAAGUGAAAUAUUUUCAUACUUUAGGGUCUUAAGAAAUUUAUAACAAUUGAAAUUAUUAUGCAAUUUAUAUUUGAGAAUUCGAAUUUUCUUAGCAUUUAUUUUUCGAUGGGUCUAAACAGUGAACAAUAGUUACGGAAUCACAACAAAAACAAUUCACAAUAGUACUUUCCUUUCUCUCUGAUUUAGUUCCAUUUUUGUGCAAUGUCCAACUAUUGCUUACUAAAUAGAAAUGAUUGUAAAUGCCGAAUAACAUUUUAUUAUUUAUUUUGUUUAUUUUAUUUUUGCCUCUAUGGAACAAUAUUAUUGAGUUGUUACUAUAAAGGGUUGCCUCUUUUGAUAGCCCAAUAAAAAGAUUUAUCAAUAA